CCCCCUCAACUCGCAGCAGACGCAAAUGGACUGUGUCUACUCUCCCCACUCGUCUGCUCAGCAGCAGAUCGCAGUAUGACACCCCGGGUUACCUGAUAGCUCACAAUCGAGGUUGCCACUGCUUCGCCUCACUUCUUAUCGAUGCCUGGCGCUCUUUCAGCAAUUAGCCAAUCCUCGACCAUACAAGAUGACUCAAUGACCUAGCCCUGCUCAUGAAUGCUCGCGGCGCCCGGCCCGGCCUGAUCACAGGCAGGCCAUUGUUCCUUGUAAGUGCUGUGCAGAGCAAAGACCACGGAACCGCACGCCACUCCUCUUGAACUUCAACACUCACCUCAAACAUCGACACUCACCUCGACAAUGCCUCCCCGCAGAUCCUCGCGUAUCCGGGCUCAGCGCGACAGCUCGAACAAAGCCCCGCUGCAGAAGCCAGCCGCUCCCAAGGCGCAGGCGAAGCGCUCGAAACCGCGUGCGAAGCAGUCGAAGGUCGACGGCGCUUGCAACAUCCCCAGGACGUCUGCACCCCCUUCGCCUCCCGCGCCGCUAGCGAGCGCACGUCCUUCCUCACCCACACAGGCAGAAGCCACGGCGCAGGCGUCGCGCAACGAGCCAAGCGGCCCGGCGCUUGUGGCUUCCGAUCAGGCUCAACCCAGAGAUCCGCCAUCCUCCUUCGAAUCCCUUCCACUCGAUAUAUUCCUGGAGAUCGCUCGCCAAUGCGACCCAAGGUCCCUCUACCACCUGUCCAAGGUCAGCAAGGCGUGCCGCCGGGUGCUGAGGCAGCCAAGCAACCGCGUGAUUUGGAAGGAGGUCUUUGCCGCGCAUGUCAAUCCUCUUCCCACUUGUCCAGAGGAUAUCAUGACCGAGCUCCAACUGGCCGAGAUCACGUACGGGACGGAUUGCAUGGAUUGCGACAGAAAACACCAUCGCCCUGAAGAAGCAGUACCAGAGUACCGCAAGGGAUAUCGGCUCUGGGCAUUCUGCAAGCGCGUUUGCGGUCUUUGCCUUUUCGCGAAGUAUAGCACCGGAUCGGCCUUCAAUAGUAACUGGAAUAUGUGGAUGGCAGGGGCCGACCCAAUGAUAGCUACCGUCAGUCCCAACGAUAUAAACGAAAAGGAUUAUUGUACCAUCGGCGAAGUGCAGCGCAUACACGAGCUCAUGCAGCACGAAUCGUCUCGCGGAGGAGAUUUAACAGCGUUGAGCGUGUUGCUGCGCACUCAGAGUGCACGCAAGUAUGAGUUCGCCCAGCUGUGCCGCGAGUGGCAGGAGCGAGAAGACGCAAGGAUUGAACUUCAACGCAUAGACUUCAUCAAAUGCAAGUCGCGCGAGGUCUUUGACAAGCAAACGCGGUUGGAAGCCGCCGAAGGGGCACGGUACCAGGGGCACCCCUGGUACGUGAAAUACGUUGUCCGCCAUGAUCAAGAAAUGACUGAUGCAGAAUGGGACACGAUAGAAGCCGCAGUCCGCAAGAGUGUCCAUGAUGCUCGCUGCAGACUACUACAGGCGCAGACAGGGAAGCUUGAAAACCUCUGGUUACUUCUCGAAGAUUGCUGCCAGCGAGUAUCCGAGCAGACAGGCAUUGAGGUGCCGUUCAUGGACAUCAUUUGCGGGGACGUCCUCAAGGCCGCUGACACCUCUCCCGUGUUGUCCUUGGACCAGGAGGUCGUCGACGCAAAACUGCGGGACAUUCGCGCAAAACUCAAUAAGAAGGGAGGCGAUCCAAUCAGGGACUUCCGCCGCGCAGCUGAAGAGCUCCUGCCAGCUGCUCGCGCUCGAAACCCGGACUGGGAGUCCCGCUGCACGGCUGUGAUAUCGGUGCUCAACCGCGUCUGGCCGAAGACAGCGAAGAACUACGAUGACGCUCUCGCCCGACUCGUCCCCGACAACGGCCUCGAACUCGCCGACGUCCUGGCCCUCGCGGCGGCGACCUUCAUGUGCGACUGGUGCAAAGAGGUGUGCACGUACCCGGACAUCCUCAAGCACGCUUGCCUGCGCAAGGUGCGCCGCACCCCGCCGGACAAGGAGUACGACUGGAAGUGGGGCGCCUCGCGCCUCGCGCUGGGCGAAAGGGUGGCGAAUGUGGCGGGGGACGUCUUCCUUCGGAGGCUGCGCAUGACGCGUUGGAACUAUGAAGGGGAGCAUGUCUCCUUCUACCACGCGGCCUACCGAUGUGCGAGCAGGAUCGUCCGUGCGUGCGGCUUGAGCUCCAAGCGCGCGACGGCGGAGGACGUGGAUGAGGCUGGUGUGCGCUUCCACUGCGCCGUGCCACGCUGUCAGGUCAAGAUUGCCAAGGAGGUCAUGGACUGGCGAGAGCUGCUACACCAUUGCAUGGAUUGUCAUGCUGAUGCGGCGGCGAUCCGCCCUACCUGGUGCAAGAUAGAAGAGCAGAAGUACGGAGCCGGGAAGGUCAAGGGCAAGCGCAGCAGAGUAGAGGCCGACGUAGAGCCGGGCGCGUCCCCGUCGAAGAAAAGGAAAAUCGCGAAGAAGUAGCUCGGCCUGCUGAGCGCAUGUAUAACCCUAGACGCUGUCAUACGUCGUCCUGCGCUUUGAUGACUGUAUCAUUGCUCGUUUGUAUUCUUCGAUUACUUGGUCCCUUUGGAAUUUCUGCGAUAGGCCUCACCUUUGCCCGACGAGUACCUGUUUUCCGUAUCUGCAUGAGAACCAAUGAUGUACGGAUUUGUCGUGCGAGCU